AUGGUUUCCAGCCCAGUAAAACAACCGAGCGUAGAAGGGCGGCAGAGGAAUGGUAUAACGCCGAAUGGAGUGGUAGGACAGGUCAAUGGCGACGGGAGACAACGGAACGGCGUACAGGGGAACGCAGCUCCAAGCCCAUCCAAAGCGAGGAAAGCAGUAUCGACGCUGCCAGAAAAAGACGUCCAAGGCUCGAAAGCAGUGCAAGAUGUGCCCGGCCUUAAGGACUACCAGUUGGGCGACUGUCUCGGGAAGGGAGCAUUUGGCUCAGUCUACAGAGGGCUCAAUUGGAGCACGGGUGAGACAGUGGCUGUCAAGCAGGUCAAGCUCGCAGACCUCCCUAAGACGGAACUGAGGGUCAUCAUGCUGGAAAUCGACCUGCUGAAGAACCUCAAUCACCCGAACAUUGUCAAGUACCACGGCUACGCCAAGGACUCUGAGUUUCUGCACAUCAUCCUAGAAUACUGCGAGAACGGCUCUCUCCACUCCAUCUGCAAGAAUUUUGGCAAGUUUCCGGAGAACCUCGUCGCCCUCUAUAUGUCCCAAGUGCUCCACGGACUGCUUUAUCUCCACGAGCAGGGUGUCAUCCACCGGGACAUCAAAGGGGCCAACAUUCUCACCACGAAAGAAGGGUUGGUCAAGUUAGCGGAUUUCGGCGUUGCUACCAAGGCUACUGGUCUGAAUGAGUCGAGCGUUGUUGGUACGCCUUACUGGAUGGCCCCCGAGGUCAUUGAGCUUUCGGGCGCUACAACUGCUUCAGACAUCUGGAGUCUGGGCUGUACUGUCAUCGAGCUACUCGAUGGCAAGCCGCCAUACUACAAGCUUCAACCAAUGCCGGCAUUGUUCCGUAUUGUCAAUGAUGACCAUCCGCCACUACCAGAAGGCUGCUCUCCCGCUGUGCGGGACUUCCUUAUGCAGUGCUUCCAGAAGGAUCCCAAUCUGAGGGUCUCUGCUCGAAAGCUGUUGAAGCAUCCGUGGAUUGUUAGUGCGAGGCGGGCGGACGCUUUGAUUCCAAGCAAGCCGACAAAGUACGACGAAGCUGUAGAAAGUGUUAAGCAGUGGAAUGAAGCCCUCAAAUCGCCAACUGGCUCUCUACGGCGUACGUCAGGGGUACGGCCGAUGUCAGCCAGUCCGAUUCCUAUUCUCACUAAGAAGGAAGCGCUUCCGCAGCUGACGACACCCGCGCCUGUGAAGGGUGUACUGAACAUACCGAAAACAAGGCCCAAUCCCGAUGUUUUCGCUUCGCCUGAAGUGGAGGAAAGCGACAACUGGGAUGAUGACUUCGCCUCUUCGAUAAGUCCAAGUGCGCUUCAGCUGCCGCACUUGAGGCCUCAUGACAAUUUCGCCGGACUGCUAUCUUCAGAGAAGCUCAAGGCAUACGCAUCUACGCCCUUCGAUACCGUACUAGAGGAGCCAUCAGGCCCCGAAGACCAAUGGGACGCCGAUCUGACGGUCAAGAGUCCACUCCAAUAUACGCACACUGAUCCGCUAGAAACUGUGAAGCCGAGCAUGCCGGCGAGGUCAAGGACAGAACCUGCACCGCCAGCUCGGCCAAACUCAUCAUCGCAGCGGCGCGGAUCUCAGCCGAAGACACAGAUUCUGCAUGGCGCGCCCAAGGCGGCCGCACCACCUACCAAAAACCGGCUUGCUUCCCUAUCGCGUCCUUCGGCACAGCUUUUUCGAGAGAACUCUAUAGAGGACUACUCCGACCUUAUUGCUGCCGACGAUGCAGCCUUCCAAAGGAAGGUGCAAGUUCUGAAAGCCCAAGAGGAAGACUCUUCCACGCCGAAGCUGUUUCAUCCGUCCGACCUCAAGAACGUGCCGCGUUCAAGCCGAAGCACUAAGAAGGGUGGCAGCCUCAGAGGCCAGCCCGUGCAUAUUGAAGAGCCCAAAGAGCAGACACUGCAGCGCUCAAGGUCGGCCGUUGAGAUACAGAAAUACGCCGAGGAUCCUGAAGACGAGGACUUCUCUGAUGUCUUUGGUAAGGAUGCGGUGGCCUUGGCCAAACCCGACAGCGACAGUGGCUCGGAACGAAGCACUCUCCGUUUGAUGAACUCGAAGCUCUCAGGAUCAUGGCUCGGAGACGACGAAGACGAUGACGACCCGUUCGCGCAGCUCGAAGAAGGCUUUGGGGACUUUGACACUGAGGGUCAAGUCGCGCAGCAGCGUUACGCGAGGCAGUGCGGCACUGUCGAAGGCUUAGUCGGCUCAUUGAAGACCAUUAAAGAAGAUGAUGAUGCACUCGAUGAGAUAUCCGAACAGCUGUAUCACGAACUGCUUGAGUCACCGGACAUGAAGAACGUCAUCAUAAGCUCUCAUGGCAUGUUACCAAUAUUGGAGAUCCUUGAGAAGUGCAAGCGGAGUGACAUCGUCUCGAGAUUGCUUAGGAUUGUCAACAUGAUGGUCCUGGACAACGUUGAGCUUCAGGAGAACCUCUGCUUCGUGGGAGGGAUUCCAAUAAUCACGAAGUAUGCACACAAGAGAUUUCCGAUGGACAUCCGGCUGGAAGCGGCGGCUUUCGUUCGCCAAAUGUACCAGACCUCCACGCUCACAUUACAAGUCUUCAUUGCUUGCGGUGGGCUUAAUGUGCUGGUAGAGUUUUUAGAAGAAGACCUCGAGACAAUGCGCGACCUAGUACUAAUCGGCGUCAAUGGUGUUUGGAGCGUCUUCGACUUGCAAGGACCGACGCCUAAGAAUGACUUUUGCCGAAUAUUGUCGCGGAGCUCCGUACUGUAUCCGCUGUCAUUGGUGCUAUCUAAAAUCAUCGACGAGGAAGGAGAAGUCGCCGAGAUCGUUGAAGGGCGCAUCGUCAACAUCUUCUUUCUCUUCUCCCAAGCGGAGAACCACGUCAAGGAAAUCGUCGCAGACCGCAUGGUACUCAAAAGAGUGCUGCAGGACCUCAAGCGCAUGUCGCCGAAUCACCAAAUUACGAUGCUCAAGUUCAUAAAGAACCUUUCUAUGCUAGCUACGACUCACGAUGCGCUUCAGAAUUCGAACGCCAUCGACGUGCUUACGGAACAUCUGGAGUGGAGCAUGAAGCGAGCGCAAUCCCGUGAGAUCUCUAACCAGAUCCUCAAUAUCAUGUACAACCUCUGCAGGUUGAGCAAGAAGAGACAAGAAGACGCCGCACUCAGCGGGCUUGUUCCUCUGUUGCAGAAGAUUGUGCAGACAGAAUGGCCUCUUAAGGAGUUCGCUCUGCCGAUCUUGUGUGAUAUGGCUCAUUCCGGCAACUACGCGAGGAGGAUGCUGUGGGAGAAUAAGGGCUUGCAGUUCUACAUCUCGCUGCUUUCUGACAAGUAUUGGCAAGUCACUGCCCUUGAUGCAAUCUUCAUCUGGCUCCAAGAAGAGACCGCCAAAGUCGAGCAACACCUCCUCGCCGGCUCCUUCAGCCAAGCAAUAGCCGACUGCUUCGCCAACCCGGACGCCUCAACCGACGCCUUCGAGAACCUGCUCGAGCCGCUGCAAAAGCUCCUCCGCCUGUCCCCUCCCGUCGCCGCCUCCCUUGCCAGCCCCGAACUCUUCACCCGCCUCGCCCAGAAACUAAACAGCAAGAAAGCAGUUGUCAAACUCAACCUCCUCCGCAUCAUGCGCAGCAUCUGCGACGCCCACGAGGAGCAGGGCGCCCUGAUCCGCUCAUACGGCCUCUACGACGCCAUCGCCCGCAUGGCGGACCAUGAUCAGGCGCUCCUGGCAAGAGAGAUGGCGAGCGAUCUUAUCAAGUCCGCGGACGCGAGUAUGAGGCGGAGCAUUGAUGGCGCCAAGAUGCGGCCGUCAAUGCGCAGGUCGAGUUCCUCGACCAUGACGCCCCCACCGCCGUCGCUAUUCAGCAGCCAUAAUAUGCCAAUGGCUAUGCCGAGUUCGCCGCAUGUCAGAACGUCGGGUGUAGGAGCCAGCGGGUUCUUCGACAGCGCCGCGUUGCUGGAUGCGCCGCGCUCAGCCGCUCGCGCGCCGUCGUAUAGGCCCAGUAGCCGCGAUAGCAGCUCGGGCUCCACUAAUGGCCUCGGUAUCGCGGCGUGGGGCAGUGCGGCGGGGUCGUCGACGAAGAGUCGCUUACCUAGGACGAGUGCGGCGACGAGGCCGAGUCGGCUGAGUAUGGCAAGCUCGUCGGCGGAAGGCAAAGACGAGAAUGUCACGCCCACGCAUGCGCCGGUUGGGGGCUUGGGCGCGGGAACGGCGGCGGCAGGGAGACAGAGUGCAGCGAUUAGUAACAGGAGGAGACGGCCGCAGAGUUCGGGGACGGAUGGGUCGAGGUGGUCGUAG